CAGCGUGAGAAGGCUGCUGUUCAUCAGCUGGAAGAAGAAUAUGAAUAUCUCUUGAGGUUCUCCUUUGAAAGAAUGGAUCAGCUGCGCCAGCUGCAGAACAUCAUCCAAGCCACUAGUAGAGAAAUCAUGUGGAUCAAUGACUGCGAGGAGGAAGAACUUCUGUAUGAUUGGAGUGACAGAAACACUGAAAUUUCAAGGAAGCAAGAAACCUUCUCAAAACGCAUGAGCCAGCUCGAAGUUAAAGAAAAGGAACUCAAUAAACUUAAACAAGAAUGUGAUCAGUUGGUGCUCAGCCAGCACCCAGCUUCUGACAAAAUUGAGGCCUAUAUGGAUACAUUACAAACUCAGUGGAGUUGGAUUCUUCAGAUCACCAAGUGCAUUGAUGUGCAUCUCAAGGAAAAUGCAGCCUACUUUCAGUUUUUUGAGGAAGCCCAAUCGACUGAGAACUACUUGAAGAAUUUGCAGGAUGUCAUCAGGAAAAGGUUCAUCUGUGAUAAAAAUAUGUCCUUGCAAGUUCUGCUGGAGCAGAUUAAAGAAUUAGAGAAUCAGAUGGGUCAAAAACUGCCUCAUAAGAAGAAAACAGAUUAUCUGUCUUGUCCUGUAUCCUGUCCUCACAGUGGCCAUAUAGAACAUACUGCAUAA